AUGGCAAAGCGAUCCUCGCAACCAUGGGGAGUUGCGAAGUUCAUGGUGGCCCUUGGAGGAAUGUUCUUCCUGGCGAUCUUUGGAGAUCUGCGGGCCCUCACGUCUUCAAGCGAAACUGUCGCCUCCGUCUCGGGCGCCGUCACAGCUGCCAGUGCGGCACUUGACAACUCCAUGCGUCGGGCAGAAAGUUACAAUAUAUGGACGCCAGCACCGAUUGCUGACAUUCCACCAGCUGAUGCUCAGCCAGCAGAAAUCCUGCCAGCCGAAGCUCAGCUGUCCAUGGAGGAGAGCAGAUCUUCCGCACUCCCGCCGAACCUGGAGGGACACGCAGAAGAACCCGUGCCAUCCUCCAAGUUCGGUUUCUACCUCCAUGUCUUUGCCGAUCCAGCUGCUGUGAUUCACCAAGUGCGGCAAGUCAAGCAGCACUUUCCGGACUCUCCGGUUUACGUCAUGAGCGAUGGAGGAAUGGACUUCAGCAACAUGUGCAAGCGAGAGAAGUGCAUUUUCACGCUUUGCCCGCCAGCCAAUGACCGUUGGCAUCCGUGGCCAUUUUUCAGACGUCUUUAUGAUGCUGCCUUGAGUCUCAACACCGAAUUCAUCAUCAUGCUGGAGCCGGACAACACACUGCAUGGCCCAGUCAAGCGGCUUCCACAAGACGAUGUAGGUGGUGUACAUGUCCCGAAGCGCUCCUUCCGGCUCGCAGAGCACGUGGAGAAACUGGCACAGACUCGGGCUCCGGGCUUUCAGUGGAGUGCCGAGAGCAUGCAAGCUGGUCUUUGUGGCGGAGCUUACUUCCGCACCGAAGCUGUUCUAGAUGCGUUCUCUGACGAAAACAUGAUGCGGAUUGAUUGGAACCUGCUUGGAGAGAGUGUCGACAAAGAGAUAUUCUCGUCGGAUUUCGCCAUGCAGUAUGCACUAGCAGCUCGAGGAUGGCGAGUUGGCAUCUGGGAGGAGGUUGCGCAAAUGGACAAAGACAAGGAGGUGCCGCUGACUGGAUCGCGAGAUGCUGCCUUUCGACACUACUGCUCCUGUUACCCUGGUGGCAAGCCCACUUACAAUCUGAAGCUUCAGCCAGAAGACGAAGACUUGUUUGCUCCAGCGCCCGCCGAGUACACCGUGCCGAAUUCCAAUUGCCAGCUUUGCUACAACUUAGACAGAUACGUGGAGAAUUGGGGAAGCUCUAAGUGUACCAACCGACUGCCAUUUUCAUAUUCGCAGAAGCUGAUGGACACGUACCAUCCAGAGCUAAAGAGCAAGCCUUGCGAAUUGCCGUUCCUCUGCAAGCCUCAGCAGGCUCUGCCAAACUCCGUGCACGAUUCGAAGUACGGCUUCUACUUGCACGUCUAUGCUGAUCCUGCUGCGGUCAUUUUCCAGGUUCGCCAGCUUCGGAAGCACUUCCCUGCUUCACCCAUUUAUGUCAUGAGUGAUGGUGGUAUGGAUUUCUCUCCUCUCUGCGAGCAGCAGGGGUGCACGUUCAAGCUCUGCCCUCCAGCCAAUGACAGAUGGCACCCAUGGCCUUUCUUCCGACGGCUUUACGAUGCAGCAGACAGUUUGAAUACCGAGUAUGUCAUCAUGCUCGAGCCGGACAACACCAUUCAUGGCCCAAUCAAGCGUGAGCCGAAGCACGAUGCAGGAGGGAUCUAUGUGCAGGAUCGCAGCUUCGGACUGGUUGACUAUGUUGAGAAGCUGGCCAAGGCACGAGUUCCAGGCUUCAAGUGGAGCCGCAAAGCCAUGUCUGCGGGCCUAGCUGGCGGAGCCUACUUCAGGAGGGAAGCCAUUCUGGAUGCCCUAUCGGAUGAGAACAUGAUGAAGCUGGAUUGGAACAUGCUUGGUGAGCAGGCUACCAAGGAGAUCUAUUCCUCGGACUUUGCCAUGCAGUAUGCCUUCGCCGCACGUGGUUGGCAGAUCGAGCCAUGGGAGGAAACUGCCCAGAUGGACAAGAACAAGGACAUUCCUCUGACCGGUCCGAAAGAUGCUUCGUUUCGCCACUACUGCUCGUGCUAUCCUGGAGGCAAGCCCACAUACAAUAUCAAGCUGAAAAAGGAGGAUGAGAAGCUGGUGCGGCAACAGCCAGAGAAGUACCAGCAAACCAACUCCGUUUGUCAGCUUUGUUACAAUCGGAGUCGCUACGUUGCACUUUGGGGGACAACGGACUGCACCAACAAGCUCCCAUUCCAGUACUCCAACUUGCUCAUGGAAAGGUACCAUCCGGAAGUAUUGAAGGGCAAGUGCGAAUUGCCAUGGCUCUGCGAGCGACCGAAGAGGCCCGACUUGAUGAUGCGAUAUGGUGCGGACAUCGAUCUCAACGGACAUCCGAAGGCAGUCUUGCGUUCGAAGGACUUGUCAGACAGUCCUGUCUAUGCAACGUUCGAGGAGGCUAUCGCCAACAAGGUGGAAGCCACAAAGAGCUUGCUUUUACGAGCCGACAUGGUGGUCGCAGCUGUCCGACAAGCAGAAGCCUCCGCAUCUCGUGCCUUGGAGGUAGCAUCUGCUGCGGAGGAGCAGACUCAGACGGCUGACAUGCUGGGCAAGAGCAGGUUGGUGAGGGAGCAGAUUCAGGCUGCACUCCGCAGGCCGCCCGCGAAGGCUACCGACGAGGCGCAGGUGCCAAGUGCCCUCUCGGCUCCUCCGAUUCCUCCGCCUCCGCCUCCGGUGUUUGGGCCGCGAGAGGGCCGGCAGGUCGCACUGGAAUUGGAAGAGGACAUCCGCAGAACUGCUGAGCAUGUAUCCGACAUGGUGCAGAUUGCACGACUGGCUGAUUCGGACACCACGAUCGAGCCAGGGGCUCGACUGAGCUCUUUUGUGUCCCGAGAUGAAGAACUACUGCAAAGCAUGCUGCCGCAAAAGGACAGCAUGGAGGGGGAGAAUGUUCCGUAG